AUUAGAGACGAAGAAAAGGCCUCGUCCAAUCAGCGGCAUUCUUAGAAAUGCCGGGUUUUGUCCGAGAGACCAUACACGAUUUACCAUAAUAAUAUCAAGUUUCAAGCUAUCUUCUGAGGAGAAAGGGAAUAUAUUAAAUCCUGGCUAGAUAGCAGAGCUAUGGACACCGAGGGUUUUGGAGAGCUGCUACAGCAGGCAGAGCAGUUAGCCGCCGAGACAGAAGCGGUGUCGGAGCUUCCUCAUGUGGAGAGGAACCUGCAGGAGAUUCAGCAGGCUGGGGAGAGGCUCAGGUCCCGCACGUUGACCCGCACCUCUCAGGAUGCUGCAGAUGUCAAAGCGUCCAUCCUCCUGGGCUCCAGAGGACUAGACAUCUUCCACAUCUCUCAGAGGUUGGAGAGUCUGAGUGCUGCCACUAGCUUUGAGCCCUUGGAGCCGGUCAAAGACACUGACAUACAGGGCUUCCUGAAAAACGAGAGGGACAACGCCCUCCUCUCAGCCAUCGAGGAGUCCCGACGCAGGACCUUUCUGCUGGCGGAGGAGUACCACCGGGAGUCCAUGCUGGUCCAGUGGGAGCAGGUGAAGCAGCAGGUGCUGCGCACCCUGCUGGGGGCCGGAGAGGACGCCCUGGACUUCAGUCAGGAUGUGGAGCCUAGUUUUGUGAGUGAAGUCGGGGUCCCAGGAAGGAGUGCCUUGGACAGUGUGGAAGUGGCCUAUGGACGACAGAUCUACAUCUUCAACGAGAAGAUCGUCAACGGCCACAUCCAGCCCAACCUGGGGGACCUGUGUGCCUCUGUGGUGGAGAGCAUCGACGACAAGAACGUGUCAGACAUGUGGCUGAUGGUGAAGCAGAUGACUGACGUGCUGCUGGUGCCGGCUAAAGACACCCUGAAGAGCCGCACGGCGGUGGACAUGCAGAUGGCCUUUGUGCGCCAGGCUCUCAGCUUCCUGGAGAACUGCUACAAGAACUACACCAUGGUGACGGUGUUUGGGAACCUCCACCAGGCCCAGCUGGGCGGGGUGCCUGGAACGUACCAACUGGUCCGCAGCUUCCUCAACAUUAAACUGCCCGGCCCACUGCCCGGCAUGCAGGACGGGGAGGUGGAGGGUCACCCGGUGUGGGCGGUCAUCUACUACUGCCUGCGCUGUGGGGACCUGAAUGCAGCCAUGCAGGUGGUGAACAGGGCCCAGCACCAGCUGGGGGACUUCAAGGCCUGGUUCCAGGAGUACAUGAACAGCCCUGACAGACGGCUCUCCCCGGCAUCGGAGAACAAGCUGCGUCUCCACUACCGCCGGGUCCUGCGGAACAGCGCCGACCCUUACAAGAGGGCCGUCUACUGCCUGAUCGGAAAGUGCGACGUCAGCGACAACCACGGGGAGGUGGCGGACAAGACGGAGGACUACCUCUGGCUGAAGCUGAACCAGGUGUGUUUCGACGACGACGGCAGCAACUCACCGCAGGACCGACUGACCCUGCCCCAGCUGCAGAAACAGCUGCUGGAGGACUACGGGGAGUCCCACUUCUCGGCCAGCCAGCAGCCCUUCCUCUACUUCCAGGUGCUGUUCCUGACGGCCCAGUUCGAGGCGGCCGUGGCCUUCCUGUUCCGCGUGGAGCGCCUGCGCAGCCACAGCGUGCACGUGGCGCUGGUGCUGUACGAGCUGCGGCUGCUGCUCAAGUCGUCAGGCCAGAGCGCCCAACUCUUGAGCCAGGAGCCCGGGGACCCUCCCAUGGUGCGCCGGAUCAACUUCAUCCGCCUGCUCAUGCUCUACACCCGCAAGUUUGAGUCCACAGACCCACGGGAGGCCCUGCAGUAUUUCUACUUCCUCCGCAAUGAGAAGGACAGCCAGGGAGAGAACAUGUUCAUGCGCUGCGUCAGUGAGCUGGUGAUUGAGAGCCGUGAGUUCGACAUGCUGCUGGGAAGACUGGAGAAGGAUGGCAGCAGAAAGCCCGGCGUGAUAGACAAGUUUGCCGGAGACACCAAAGCCAUCAUCAGCAAGGUGGCGUUGGAAGCAGAGAACAAGGGCCUGUUUGAGGAGGCAGUCAAACUCUACGAGUUGGCCAAGAACCCAGAUAAGGUGCUGGGGCUGAUGAACCGGUUGCUCAGUCCAGUGAUUGCUCAGGUCAGCGCUCCCCAGUCCAACAAGGAGAGGCUAAAGAACACAGCCCUGGCCAUCGCGGAGAGGUACCGCUCACAGGGCACGGCCGGGGAGAAGUCUGUGCACAGCACCUUCUACCUGCUGCUGGACCUCAUGACCUUCUUCGAUGAGUACCACGCCGGCCACAUCGACCGGGCCUACGACGUGAUGGAGCAUCUGAAGCUCCUCCCACUCAGUCAAGACAGCGUGGAGGAGAGAGUCGCCGCCUUCAGGAACUUCAGUGACGAGGUCCGUCACAACCUGUCCGAGGUGCUGCUGGCCACCAUGAACAUCCUGUUCACGCAGUACAAGCGCCUGAAGGGGGCGUCGACGGGGACCCCAGGCCGACCCCAGAGGAGCAUGGAGGACAGGGACAUGCAAAUGCGCAGCCAGGCCAGAGCCCUGAUCACCUUCGCUGGGAUGAUCCCGUACAGAAUGGCCGGAGACACCAAUGCCAGAUUGGUGCAGAUGGAAGUGUUGAUGAACUGAGACUAUAUAUAUAUACAGAGACACACACAGACAGACACACACACACACACACACACA